CCAGCGGUCGUGGCGUUACGGAAAUAGAUUUUCGGCGGCGAGAUGCAACGCCCGCUAGGCGAAUCGGAGAGGCCAGUACCGCGGCGACCAGUUCCCAAGGAAAACCGGAAGACCCGAAGCGUGGUGUCCGAGGUGUCCCACAUGAACAAUCCGGGAGCUGAAAGAUGGCGACCAAUGGCCAUAUCGAAUCCGUCUACCAAGUUGCGGAUGGCUAGAUCCAUGCCCCAUUGGGUCAUGGCGCAGCAGCAACAGCGAGAAACGGAGCAGCAGCAACAUCGGCCCCCGACGCCCCCGAAAAUUCCACCGCCGUCGCUCUCGGGGGACUGUGGUGACCCCGACUACGAGAUCAUCGAGUUCCCGAUCCAGAAACCACCCCAGAAGACACCCCAGUGGAACGUCGGUAAGUGCGCCCUGUGCGGCACCGAGAACGUGUUUGCGCGAUGCGACACGUGCGACGAGAAUUUCUGCGAAGCCUGCGACGACAUGAAUCACAAGCACCCGAAGCGGAAGAGCCACGUUCGCAGGAGGAUCCUGACCGAGGACGCGAGCAGGAGCAGACCGCCCCUUCCCCCUAAAGGGGAGAUGUCGUGUCCGCCGCCGGUGCCGCCGCCGCGAAGAAAUCGCAAGGCCACUCAGGUCGGGAGCUUAAAGCGCAACCUUGCCAACCCGAUAGCACCGCCGGAUUCAAGAAUAUCGAAAUCUACGAAUACUUUAAACACGUCCACCAAUGAUGCUUCAGGAUCAGGAACGGACAAAAUGUCUACUCUACAGGAAAGAUACAGAAAAUAUCAAGAGGCGAUGAGAGCUCAAGACGCAAACAGGCGACGACACCCGUCCUCGGACACCUCGAGGGAUACUUUGAGCGGAAGACCACUUAGCUUAGGCAACUCGAAACCAGCACCGCCGCUUCCACCUCCGCCUCCACCUAGAGCAAUGCUACAAUCGGCCAGCGUUUGCGAUUUAACCGCUGCUCAUAUGUGGAAUCCGGGGAUGCAUCAGGCCCAGUCGAUGGCACAUUUAGGACCUGGCGGCAUGCCGAUGAUAUGGUAUCCGCCGACCAACUCCUGGGACGUAUCGAUGAGCGGUUCCACCGCGAGUCUGCAUCAUCCAAGCGUGUGGGGAUAUCCCAUGGGUUAUCCGUCAGCUCAGAUGCUGCCUCCGCAUUAUCCGGGAUCUCUUUCUAGAGCGCACAGUCCGACUAGAAGUGUCAAAUGCAGUAGAAGGUCGAGGCAGCCGUCACCGUCCCCCAGUCUGAAAUCUAAAAAGUCCUACGCUUCAAGAUCACGAUCGAGAAGAUCACCCGGAUCACCAUCGGACGCGAGCUCCGAAAACUCCGACGAGUCUGAUAUGGACGACAGACUCUCCCGAGGAUCCAGGAGCAGACGCGGCAGCGUACCCAGAAGUAUACGACAACGAAACUAUCACGAUGACGAUAGCAGAAGUCUCAUGUCUAGAAGUCGACGAGAGAGAUUAAUGUCCGAGGAGAGAAUGAUGAGUACCGAGGAUCAAUGGUCCGAGAGUCCGUCUAGUAAACGAUACUCGACGCCUUCGAGAAGCUACGACGAUCGCUCAGUUUCCAGAGUAGAUCGACUGGAACGCGUACAAAAUGGAACUUAUCGCGAUUGUCGAAAACGAAGCACCGAUGACGAGUCCUCCGAUCGAAGGAUCAAUGCACCGAGCCGAACGCGACUCACGAGCUCGUCCGACGACCAUGUCGAGAGGGUGGAGAACGCAUUAAAGAGAGCAUCGUCCCUUCGUAGAGACAUAAUGCUGGAUGAUCAUCGUCGCGAUUCUCAUAGAUCAUCCUUCGAGAGUGACGGUCAGGCUAGAAAGACACCUUCUCGAGAUGUGACUUCUCCGAAGAGGAUACCUGCUGAACGAAUGCGCCUUUUGGAAAGACAGUCUUCUCAAGGAGAUUCAGAUAGAGACAGGAAUCGCGCGAACAAGGAUGAAAUCGUAUCACGCUCAGCGAGAAGAGAACAGCAGAUCCGUGACAUCUCGCGAGAGCGCGAAAUCCGUAGAUCCUCGCUUGAAUCCGACAAUCAAGGUCUUAGAAAAACUUUUUCCAAUGAAAUACCGACAAAAAGACACGAGGAAAGGAUGACCGGUGAUCUUCAAGAUCGCCAGCGAUCGAUCGAGAAAAGUCAUCAGCUCGAGAACUCCAUGCGGACCGCAGAAGCUCAAAGGCAAGAUAACGUCGAUAUAAAGCAACACCAGCAGCAGCAGCCGUUGCUGCGAAGAUCUCAGUCCCGAGAGGAUCCAAAGAUAGCGAGGAAAGACGCGGUCGAAAAUGCAUCAUCCAAGAAGCCUGCUUCCAAAGAAACGAUCGGCUUGAUGGAAAUCCCGAAGGAAGAGUGGGCCUGCGAGCACUGCACCUUCAUCAAUAAGAUCAACGAUCGCGUCUGCGUGGUCUGCUGCAAAACCAAGAGUAGCGCACUACCGCCGAGCACCCUGAACGACGAUCCGAUCGAGCUGCAAGCGCCGAAAAGUGAAGCGUCGAGCAAGAUCGGCGAUCCCAAUCCCCAUCUCGAGAAGCGGAUCAAUCUGUUGAAGAUCUCUAACAGCGAAGAAAGCGGCGAGAGCGGAUCCGUCAAGAAUAAAGAUGCAAUUGCUACAGACGAUAAUCCUCUCAUGGAAAAUUCUACGACGUCCUCAACUUCGCAAGCAGAAGAAGUGUCAUCGAAACCGGCGGACGCAGCAUCACCGCCGAUUGCUGAAAAUUUGGCAGCAGCAGCAGCAUCAUCAACAUUACCGCCUUUUCCAACUACGAAUAUCUCCAAAAUAGACGCAAACGCGACGCCGCGGGAGGAAAAGGCCACGCGUGGGAAACUUUUAAAAAGUCAUUCGGUGUCCACGGGAACAUCUCCUCCACCACAGAAUAUCUCGACUCAAACCUACGACUAUCUCCCUCCGAAAGGGACUCUUGGAAGAUCCGCGUCAGUAGCAACGUCAAAGAGUUAUUUAUAUUACGAUGAUAGCGACGGAGAGGCGGAGCGUCUGUUUCAGGAGCAGACCAGAUUCGCAAACAGUCCCGAUCUAUAUCCGCGGACGUUCCAAGAACAGCAGCUGAUGAUAUCCGGUCAGAAAAGCAGAGAACGGACCAGAAGAAACUCCAUCGACUCGUCCCAUCUCUAUUAUCGUUCCAGGGAACCGAGCCAACCGAGAUAUGCGGAAGCAGGUGCCAGUUCCAGCCAGCAAGGGGGAGUUUCCACGUUGACCCGUCAAGGAUUGGAGAUCGUGGAGCUCCUACGAGAAGCCGAGAGGCAGGGAUUCACCACCGAUGACGUUCAGGUGGCGUUGGCCCAAGGUGCAUCGAAUCCGAUCGAGUGGCUUCACACGCAGUGGCCGCAUCUGGUGGAGACGGUGCGGGUCCUGGUGACCGCGCAGGGCAAGGAACUGAGGGAGAACAGCAUCGGCGUCCUGUCGCCGGCCGAGGCGAGAGAGGCUCUACGAUCUGUCAAGGGCGACGUGUGGAACGCUGUCGCGACGGCCGUUCGGCGCAGACAGCAGAAAUGCCAGCAGAUUAUAACGAGAGGAAACUUUGCGCUCGCGGACAUUGUCAGAGCUCUCGAUAAUAAUGCCGGGAUCGAGGACGCCGCUUUGCUCGAGCUGCAGAAGAAUCAGCUCAAGCCCUUUUUAAUGAGGAUCUGGGGUCCUCCAGUCGGGGUGGAGAACGACGAGGCUGCACCGCACGAAGAUGCAGAGAGUGCGGUCGGUGGUGGGACGGGGGCGGGAUCCAAAUUGGAACAAAUUGAGAAUGUAUCCGAUACGGAGGCGCGGAAGCAGGUAAUGUCACCAAUUGUUGAUCAUUUCGUGGCGUUGCAGGCCGACUUUCAAAAGCAACUGGCGGCUCUCAGAGAACUGACCGAUAACUGGCGACACGAGAAAGAUCUCCCGAAUAAACUGGGUAAUAAUAAGUCUGAUAAUCUGUACGACCGCGCUGACGAUGAUAAUAGCACUGUUCUAAUCGAUGCAAAUCUGGUCCCAAGGGCCGUACAAGAAGCGCCCGAUGUAGCGAUGCCGGGCGAUCUUGUUGCGCGGCAAAGACAGGCCACCGUAGAUUCGCAGGAAGGCUCGAAGCACUCAAAGUUGAUCGCUACGAAUCCGUCCGACGAGGGCCUGGACCAAGUAGACGCCGCGUCGCACAUCGAAAUUCCCGCAACAACGACGAUGAUCGAUGAUCUCGCGAGAGAGAAUGCGACAAGCUCGCCUCUUGUGCCCCAAUACUCCUCGAGAAACGAUACCGCCGAUCGUUCGAUCGGUGGAACCAUCGUUGAGGUUGAUGAGACUGUACGAAUGGCCGGAUCAUGCGAUCCGCCAAAAUUAAACGGCGAGGAAGGCGAUGUCAAUGCGAAACGAUCGCGCGAGGAAGCGAGCGAAGCACGACGCCCCGACCUCGACGUUUCGACGAUAUCGAUCGAUGAAACGAUAGAAACAGCGAAGCAAGUUCCACCAAAAGAAGUAGAACAGAGAGAAUUAUCGUCGAAUGUUGAGGUUCAAGUAUCCUCUUCCUCGCAUGGAAUUUCUGCGCCCGAUCCAACGGAUACGGAACCGGGUCAGUCCUCUUCUCCGCAAACUUGGAGUGCUCCCGAAUUACUUAAUACAACGGAACACGCUGCAAACAACGAGUCACUCGUCCAAAUUGAAAAGUCGACGGAAUUGGACGAAACACUUCGCAUCUCUUUCCGGGAUUCGAGUACUCCUCAACAAGAGGCCGAUAUAUUGCAGCAGCUGUCGCGGAAUGAUGUCUCGAUCGCGGCGAGUGCAUCCGGAAAGGAUCUUUCCGUGACGGAACGAUCCGAUCAGCAUAUCGCGAGGGAAGUUCCCGAACAGAACGACAAGUCAUCGCAAGUCCUGGCGAUGGAGGCUCUGAUGUCCGCCGUAAGAUCGUUGCCGGAGCAGUUUUUGACGCCCUUCAUAACGGCGAUGCAGGUCCUGUCGCCCAAGAAAGGUGAUGCUGAUGUAACGACCGCUGAUGCACAAUUUAUGAACCGAUUAAAUACUUUACAUAGUACAAAGGUCGAAGAAACAGCCGACGCUGAGGCGAAUGUCGACGCUCUUCAACCGAGGAACGACGACGAGAAGAAGUCUGUCCCGACAACUGCAGAUAAAACUGUCGGGUCGCCUGUUCGGGAGAAGAGUAAUAAUGAACGCGAGAAAGAUAUCAUAACAAAAUCGAGCAACAGCAAGAUUAUCGACAAGAGGAACGUCAUCGGAUCUUGCGAGAUUCCAGACUCUCAGAUGGCGAAGUCCCGGUCGAGCGUGCCAGACAUCAAACAACAGCAGCUGGAUGUCAGAUCGGUAUGUAACGUGGACAAGGACGAAACUAACAUUUCGGAAACUAACACCGCUCUGAUAUCCGAUACGUUCUCGGAUUCAGUAGACCUCAAGUUGACAGACGUUCCUGAAGAAACGCUGACUGCGAAUAAGAUGACGUUCAGCGUCGCGAUAGCAGAACCAAUUAAUGAAACGUUGCAAACGGACAUCGCGGAGGAUAUACAUGUACGUAAGGAUUCUUUAGAGAUAGUCGACACACCUGCGGAAAAUGAUAGUCAAGACAUAUGGACGGAAGGAUCAAUCGAGGAAGCGUCUUCAGGUGAUUCAUCGAGCUUUCACGCGCGAUCGUUAACAUUAUCUGCGACGCAUGAUCGAUCCAUCACCUAUCAGGAAGCUCACGAGCUUACUGUCGCAUCCAACGAUACGUUGAUCGAUGCGUCAUCAUCAUCAUCAUCAAAGGAAGCGAAUGACUCUUCCAUCGCGUCUAAUGAAAAGCUUCCCGCUGAUAACGCCUCUGUGAUCAUUGACCCGCUUCUAAAAAACGACUCGUCGCGAAAUCAAGUUUCAUCCGCUUCUAGGAAUGACUUUAACACGGAAAAAUCUGAGAUGAAUAUCUGCCAGAAGGAUAUGAUCGAUCGCGAUUCUCACGCCAAUCAUUCGUCCAUUUCGCGCGAAACGACAUAUGCUACUAAUGCGGUAUCCAUAAAUAAACAAGAUAUUAACACGCGAGAAUUAGAAGAACACUCAAACAAUUCAUCUCACGUUACCUCAUCAGCUUCGCCAGUUGCAUCAUCCGCGGAAAUUUUCAACGCGAAAUCACCAUCCGUCGAAAAACUCGAUAAUCUCGAAACGACGUUGCGCCACGAUAAAAAUGAUACAAAGCCGAGCGUUGCGAAAGAUGCGGUGCACGUUUCGGAAAAAGUAGAACAGACAAUUUUCGUCACAUAUCAUGCUCCCGCGAGCGACGGUAAAGAUGAAACUACGUUGAAAGGGGAAGACGUGCUCGUCGAGCAAAGUACGAUCGACCAUCUAUCCAUUACUCAAUUACGAACCGAUGAGAGUGUUCCGCUGUCAUUAACAGACUCUGCGGCGAAUUUCAAUAAUCCGGACGAUCCGGAAAAGGAGGGUACACUCGCUCCAGCAAAAUCUGACAGUUCAACGAUCGAACGCACGGAUUCGGACAUUCGAUCACUUGAGAAUUCCGCGGACGAUUUAACUCGAGACGGAUUAUCCGCUCCGACAAAUAACCGAGAAGUAAUCGUGCACGAUUGCUUAACGCAGGCGUUACGAUCCUCCCCUUCAAUCGACACUUCAAAUACCUUUCGCGACUCUGAAUCUCUGAGGGACGUAAAAAUUUUAGAACAGGACGAAGUAAAGUCUGUCGACAUUUCUGAAAUCUUAAAACAAAAUAUCGUUGACGAGGACUCUGUUAUAGGUACUGACAGACUCUCUGACGAAAAUCAUCAUCGAUUAAUAAAUACUAAUAAUAACAAUUCCCGUGGAUUAUCUAUCGAAAACGUCCCUGCCGCAGAAUCGAGCGAAAGCGUUUCGAUUGCCGUGGAGAAACCUUACUCCGGAGACGAGAUUUCUCAAUCUGACGGCAAGCGAGACGCGGAAACAUCAAAUUUUGCGUCAAGAAGCAUCUUAAAUGCAUUUAAAAAUCUCAAUAUAUUCUUCGCAUCGCGAACCGAGGAGAAAAAUAUCGUCAACGAGGACUCAUUCUCGAAUCUUAUUACGACGAAUAUCGGCGACGUAUCCGAUACCUUUGAAAUAAAGAUAUCGGAAUCGCCCAUAAUAGCGGUGAAUGAUUGCGCGCCGAUAAAAGACAUCGCGGCGAAUACCUUCGAACGCGAUAAAUCGGAUCGAAUCGGUGAUGUCGAUACAAACGGCAUGCGGGAGAAUGCGAGAGACGUCGAUUCGCCCGGAAACGACAUUUCAAUCGUCGCGCGUAACGAACCGGUUAAAUCAGAAUUAUCGAAUAACGAGUCGUCGGAAAGGAGCGCGAGACAACCUCGUAAAAGCGUAAUCGGGAAAUCCGUCGUAAAGGAUAGAUCGCCCCUUAAAAAAAUCGUUCGACGAAAGUCGCCCGUUAAGGUGGUGAAAAAGUCGACUGGCGUACCGAGGAAAAGUUCACCGCGUAAAAGCACGAGCCCGAACAGUACGACCGUCACAAAAGCGAGGGCAACGGCCAGCGAGAUUACCAAGACGUCGAAUCGGGCAAUGCGAAACAAUGACUCGCGAAUUAAAGAAUCCGUAAAAUGCGCCGCGCGCGAUAAAACAGACAACGGAAGUAAAUUGGUUACGAAACUAUCGGGUAAAUCUAUUAAACAAUCAUUAACUAACGCCAAUCAAAUAACUGCGGGGAAUAGGAAAACGAAUAAAAAUGAUAAAAAAGUUCCUACGUCCAAUACAGGAAAGAUACUCGCGAUCGAUAAUCCCGAGCCGCCGACUAACAUAAAAAAAUGUAACGAGAAAAAAUCGGAAAAUAUCGAAAAUAAAAAUCCCGAACGUUGUAGAAAUAAAACAAUUAAUCGGAAUAAAAAAGCGAAAAUGUUGGAAAAUAUUAAAAUGGAUAUUUCUGAAAAUCGAGAAGUAAAAGAGAUUGUUAAUCGCGAAACUGAAAUGUCAAAAGAUAACAAAAUGAAAGCACUUUUGACAGAAAAUAAAAACGAUAAUUCGAAAACUAAAAUAUCUUUACCGUCAAAGAUACCCGUUUUAAUACAUCAAAAAAUCGCGCGAUCUACAAAUAUCGUCCCAUCGAGCUCUUCUAAAACAAAUUUAAAUGACACACUAUUGUUAAAAAACAUAUCGACUAAAUUGCCGGUAGCGUCGCAAGCAAUUUCGAAAUUAUCUUUAAAGAGCCAGGAAAAAGUUAAAAAAGCGAGUUCACCGAUCGUGCAGAAAGUCGAUUGUAAGGAUAAUUCGAAGACGGAUCGAAUUGAAUCUAGUGACGGCAAAUUAAAUCCUUCAAGAACGAUUGAAAUUACAGAGAAUGCGAAAGACGAGCAGAUUCUAGAGGAGAAUCAUGCUAAGAGGUGCGCCGUGGAAUUAACCGAGGAGCUUCCGAAAGUUGAAUCGAUACAAUUGGAAUCCACAUUAGACGAGAAUUCGCAAGCAUCGACGUGCAACAACGAUCUGUCCGCGACUUUUAACGAACAAUUGGAAAUCGAAAACGCAAUCGAGGAGAACUCCGAUUCCGAAUAUUCCGAGAGCGGCGAGGACACAGAAACGGCGAGGUACAUCUCCGAUCAUAACUCGGAAUGCAAUUCCGUCGAGGAGUUCACGGAGGCGGAAUUGUUGUUAGAGAAAACGCUAAACGAGAUAAGAUGUGAAAUAUCGGAAUCCGAAGAGGAACGGACGAGGAGCGGGUCCGAGGAGAGCGCGAGAGAUAUCACUUGUUCCUACGAAACAGAAAGCCACGAUCGUGAUUCGGUAUUGUCCGAGGGUACGGUCGAUGAAUGGGAGAUUAAGUCAAGCGAGCUCGAAGAUUCGAUGGAAGAAGAUGUGUACGAGGAGCUACCGUUUGAAGGAGAAGAGACGAAUAUACAAUACAAAGUUUCGGAACAACAACUAGAGAUGGCUGUUAAAGAAGCCGAUGACACAAUACACGAGGGAGUUGACAUUUCGAAUAGAGCGGAAAGUAAUUCUGAAGUCGCGCAAGGAGAUGAAGGGAAUAAUUUGGAUCCAUUGAAGGAAGAACCAAUUCAACCGGAAAUAAUCGCAGAGAUCGAUGUGAUGGCACCGAAACUUUCUCAAAACCUUGAAAUCUCGGAUUCUAACGCUACCGUAGCAGAUACCGCGAUAGCGUUUUCAAUCAAGUUCGAGGAGAGUACAGAAUCAAAGGAGGACAUCCAGUCCUCAAAAGCGAUCGACUCGAAGAAGAGUGAGUCGAGGCUCGAAGAUGCAAACAGAAUCGAGGAAAGAGAUCAGUCGACAGUCGUGCAGAAUGAUAAGACGAGGAAAGUAGCGAGCGCGAAACGGGCCAAGAUAGGCCGAAGGGCGAGUACAGGAAGUAAAGAGGUCAAAGUCGGGAGAAACGUUGACGACGACCAUGACGAUGACACGUUAAAGGGGGUGGAUCGGGCGAAAGCGCCGAGGAAACGAUUUUCCCUCGUAGCCAGUUGCAUCCGUCGGUUCGAGGGCGAGGAGAAUACCGAAAGGACGCGCGUGGAAAGCAUCAGGCGCAGGAGACCGGGAUCUCCCAAGACGGAGCGGGAGAGAAUAGCACGUCGUCUCUUGGCGGAAGGUCGGGCGGCGAAUUACGACGAGGCCGAGGUCGCCGCUAGUUUGCUGACCCUCAAGUUCGGGGAUGCCGAGGCGCUCCAGGCCGCGAAAGAGUGCUCCAGCGUAGAGUCGGCGCUCGCCUUCCUACAACAGGAGUGCGAGCUGUGCACCGGUCGUUUUGCAAUGAGUCAGAUGAUCUCAAUGCUUAAGUGCGUACAUCGCUGCUGCAACGAAUGCGCAAAAAAUUACUUCACCAUCCAAAUUAGCGACAGGAACAUCACGGAUGCCGUUUGUCCGUUUUGCAAGGAACCUAAUCUCAAGGACGCGAGCGAGGACGAGGUUCUCGAAUAUUUCAGCAAUCUGGAUAUACAAUUGAAGACUUUGCUCGAUCCGCCGAUCCACGAGCUUUUCCAGAGGAAGCUCAGAGAUCGCACUUUGAUGCAAGAUCCGAACUUCAAGUGGUGCAUUCAGUGUUCGAGUGGAUUUUAUGCAGAUCCCGAUCAAAAGCGUCUGAUCUGUCCCGAUUGUCGAUCUGUCACCUGUGCCUUUUGCCGAAGACCGUGGGAGAAACAGCACGAGAGAAUCUCGUGCGAAAAAUUUGCCGCUUGGAAGGACGAGAACGAUCCUGACAAUCAAGCCGCAGGUUUGGCCAAACAUCUCGCUGAUAAUGGCAUUGACUGUCCUAAGUGCAAGUUUCGUUAUUCGUUAUCUCGUGGAGGUUGCAUGCAUUUCACCUGCAGCCAAUGUAAAUAUGAAUUCUGCUGCGGUUGCGGCAAAGCUUUCAUGAUGGGAGCGAAGUGCACAGUUAGUCCCUAUUGCGCCAAACUGGGCCUGCACGCCCAUCAUCCGCGCAAUUGUCUCUUCUACCUUCGCGACAAGGAACCCGCGCAGCUGCAGCAAUUACUCAGAGAGAACGGCAUCGAUUACGACACCGAGGGUCCGGUCGGAGAACGCAAGUGCAAAGUACAAUUGCAGAAAGAAACGCCGACCGGGGUCGUGGACACUGUAUGCAAUUCCGACGUCAUCGAGGGUCACGCUGGUCUGUGCAGGCAGCACUACAUUGAGUACUUGGCGGGCCUGGUGCUCAAAGGCAGGCUGGACCCCGUGAUGAUCUUUGACUUGAACGACGCCAAGCAAGAGUUGCGCCGACGGGGAAAAGUUCCCCCUGCGAAGGACCAGGAAAUGUCCGAGCGGGAUUAUCUCGAGGCGUGCAUUCAGAUCGUAAAAAAGGAGAUUCCACUGGAGUGACUAUGGAAAGGUAUUUCAGAAAAAAACACUCGUCCUCCUGAAGUCAUAAGUGAGAGAGAUGUGUUAUCUUGUGCAUCUUGUGCAUCUUGUGCAGCGUAUAUUUAUUUUAAUCUGUGUACACUAUAUAUAUGUAAAAGAGCCCCUUUCACCACAAGUGAAAUUGAUAUAAAACCAUAGAAAAUGAAUAAUGUGCCGUAUGCGGAUAUAAUUUUGCAAAAAUUUAUUUAUUUUUUGACACGACGGUAAUGUACGAUUUGUAUGUUAAUUCACGUAGCGUUAAUUUAUUCGUGAUAGAAACAUCGCGAGAAGAAAUAGUGUAUUUAUGUAUUCUAAUUUAGUGUACUCUACUUGUUAACAACCAAAAAUUUGCAUUAAUUGAAUGUUUCUUCAAUGAGGGAAAAAAAUAUUUAUCUCGAUGGAAUUUAUAAUUAGUGUUUGAAAAUAUAUAUUUAUUUUUCUUGUCUUUAUAUAACUGUUUUUCAAGAAAUAGACGAUUUAAUUAAAGAAA